AUUAAAAUCCGCGUUUUCAAUUUCAUCUCUCUUUCACCGAAUUCUCCUCGGCGAAGUUGUGAAUUUAGACUUCAAUUUUCCCCCAAUUUUCCACGCGGAAUGGCGAUCACGGACUCGCCGGAGAUCGUCGGCGCGACGUCGUCCGGCGCCGACAAUGGCGGCGCCGCGCACCGCGCCACUCUCCGGCGGAGGCUCUCCGUUCCGCCUGCCCUCGGCUCCGAUUCCAGCUCGCCGGAGGCGGAGAGCGCGAUCAACGACAGCAGAGGUGAGCGAGACGGCGCUAGUCUGAUGCGGAAUUCCCGAGGCGGAGCUGCGGAAUCCGAGGAGAGGAAGCAGGAUAGGGAGCUGAGCUAUGGCGACGAGGCGGAGGAGGAGAGGGAGGGCAGAGUGAAGGAGGAUGGAGAGAGUAGUAAUGCCAAGGGAACGGACGCAAUGGCGGCCAAAUUCAUGUUCAGAGCAGCCGCGCCUGCUCACCGCAAGAAUAGGGAGAGUCCUCUUAGCUCCGACGCUAUCUUUAAACAGAGCCAUGCUGGUCUAUUCAACCUUUGUGUAGUGGUGCUUGUUGCUGUAAAUAGCAGACUUAUAAUUGAGAAUUUGAUGAAGUAUGGGUGGUUGAUCAAAGCAGGAUUUUGGUUUAGUUCAACGUCACUUAGUGAUUGGCCACUGUUAAUGUGUUGUCUUUGUCUUCCAGUUUUUGCGCUUGCUGCGUUUCUUGUUGAGAAGUUGGUGAAACUAAACUAUAUACAUGAGUGGGUUGCAGUUUUUCUACAUGUAAUAAUUACAACAACAGCGAUCUUGUUUCCGGUUGUUGUCAUUCUUAGGUGUGAUUCUGCUGUUCUAUCAGGUGUUGCGUUGAUGCUCUUUGCUUGCAUUGUGUGGCUGAAGCUGGUUUCAUACGCACAUACAAAUUAUGAUUUGAGAGUACUAGCAAAAUCACAGGAGAAGUGGGAAGCUGUAUCCAGAUACUGGAACCUCGACUACUCUUAUGAUGUUAGCUUUAAGAGUCUGGUUUACUUCAUGGUUGCUCCCACAUUGUGUUACCAGCCAAGCUACCCUCGAACAUCAUGCAUUCGGAAGGGUUGGGUGGUAAGGCAACUCAUUAAACUGGUAAUAUUUACAGGAUUCAUGGGAUUUAUUAUAGAACAGUAUAUAAACCCGAUUGUUCAAAAUUCUCAACAUCCCCUGAAAGGGAAUCUUUUGUAUGCCGUGGAGAGGGUCUUGAAGCUUUCAGUUCCAAAUUUAUACGUGUGGCUUUGCAUGUUUUAUUGUUUUUUUCACCUCUGGCUAAAUAUACUUGCUGAACUAUUAUGCUUUGGGGACCGUGAGUUUUAUAAGGAUUGGUGGAAUGCAAAGACCGUCGAGGAGUAUUGGAGAAUGUGGAAUAUGCCUGUCCAUAAAUGGAUGGUUCGACAUAUUUAUUGCCCAUCUCUACAGAAUGGGUUGCCAAAGACGGUGGCAAUUUUGAUUGCGUUUCUUGUUUCUGCAAUUUUCCAUGAGUUGUGCGUAGCUGUCCCUUGCCACAUAUUCAAGUUUUGGGCAUUCUCUGGUAUCAUGCUUCAGGUUCCUCUUGUAAUCGUGACUAAUUACUUGCAAGACAAGUUCAAAAACUCAAUGGUGGGCAAUAUGAUGUUUUGGUGCUUCUUCUGCAUCUUCGGUCAACCCAUGUGCGUGCUGUUGUACUACCAUGACUUGAUGAAUCGAAAAGCUGGCACAAGGUAGGGAUAUCUGUCUUCAAAAGAUAUUUCAAGCAGAUAACCCCUCGCCCCAAAGAGAAAAGAAGGAUCCCUAAUUAUGUGCCAAUAGAGAACUUGAUGCAUCUUAUCUGUGUAAAACGGCUUGAAGUAGUAAGUUAUCAGCCAUAGCAAGAUAACUUUAUGAUUUGUUGUUGUAAUGUGGGUAAGAAGGAGCCAUCAAAGUUUUGUCCAUUUCUCAAAAAUACAGAAUGGUCUAAAAUUUGAUGAAACAUUGACAUUUUCAGACUGUGGAGAUGGUUUCAGUUUGUACUUUUUAUUUUUCUUAUGUGCUAUAUGUAAAUUAUUCGAAAAUAUGAGCGUUUUCAUGUA